AUGCCUGGCCGUCUAGCUCAACCAACCACCAUGCGACAACCAGCAGCUCCCAUUCCCUCGCCCUUCCAAUCCUCCAUUGCGAAACCAGGCCAAGGGAAAGUCGUCCUCUCCCUCCUCCCACCAGCAAACCCGACCCUCACGACCCUCACAUACAAAUACCCAUUGAAGCUCGUCCCCCGAACUGGCGGCUUCGUCCCAAGCCCCGAAUCCUCCGCCCUCUCCGACUCAUGUCCCUCACACCCAGUACAUCUCUACCUCCUCACCUACGGCGGCGGCCUGCUGCCGGGUGACCACAUCGAAGUCUCCAUCACCCUAGAAGCCAAGACCCGCAUGGUAGUCACAACCCCGCAGGGCAGCACGAAGAUCUUCAAAACAGACCCAAACAACAGCGCAAAUAGCCCCAAUGUCAUCAAGGGCCACCGCAAGCAAAUGCCCGCAAACCCCAGUAUCUCCGACAUGAGCCAGCAAACCCUCGACGUGCACAUCGGCCGCCAAGCCGCCCUCUGCUACCUCCCCGACCCCUCAGUCCCCUUCCAAAACAGCCGCUACGCCCAAAUCCAAACCUUCACCGUCGACGCCACGGCAAAAGGCGACCAGCGGAGUAGUCUGUGUGUCCUAGACUGGGUAACGCAAGGCCGGACAUCCCGCGGCGAAAACUGGAACUUCCGCUUCUGGCGCGGCCGCAAUGAAGUCUGGGCUGCAGAUGAGAAAACGGGCAAGAGCAGGCUCUUACUCCGUGACUCGGUUAUUCUCGACGAUGAAUCCGAGGACACCAGCGACGAGGAGGACGAGUAUUCGGAAGAUGAAGUCGAGCGUACGGAUGUCAAUAUCCAUAACGGACUUGAUAAUCAUUCGAACUCCAACUCCAAUUCCAAUUCUAACUCCAUCACCUCCAGUCGUCCUCGGCCGCCACAGAAUGGCUUAACGCCCAUGAACAUCAUCCAAGAACGGACUCGGCCUCAUGGCGUCGUGGGCACGUUAAUCCUCUCCGGUCCUGUCUUUGAAGCGUUGGGCUCGUAUCUCAUGCACGAAUUCCAGACGCAACCGCGCAUUGGUAGUCGCAAUUGGUCUGAUCAUGGAUCAGCUGCUGUACCUGAACCGUCCGUUAGUCAUCAUGGUGAUGUGACGUGGACGGCGGCGCGGGUGCGGGCUGGGUUUGUGCUUGUUAAGUUUGGAGCUAAGGACUUUGAGACAGCUAAGCAUUGGCUUGGGGGGUUGAUUCGGGAGGAGGGAAGUGUGACUCGAGAAUUUGGUGAGGAGGCGCUGUUUUGUCUGUGA